AUGCACAAGGCUACGCAGGGCCAGAGUUUUGGCGAGCUGCGCCGGCAGCUGCAGGCUGGCAAGUUGGGCCUGCGACAGUGCAACGCAGCCAUCAGUUCCUUGGGGCAAAGGCAGCAAUGGCAAGCAGCGCUGCAGCUUUUGCAGGACCUGGAGUUUGCUUCGAUCCAACGCAGCGCAGUUUCCUUCGGUUCUGGCAUCAGCGCGUGUGGAAGGGCGAAGCAGUGGCAAAGGGCUCUGGUGCUACUCGACGACAUGCUGCAGGUCCUUGUGGCCCCCGGCGUGAUCGAGUUCUGUUCCGCCAUCACCACAUGCGCCAGCACCGGAGCCUGGAAGAAGGGUAUGGAAUUGGUGGCUUUGAUGCGUGGCCAGGGGGUUCUCAUGGACGUCGUCGCAUACAACGCAGCCAUCAGCUCCUGUGAGGGCAACUGGGAGCAUGCUGUGGCGUUUCUACAGGAGAUGCAGGACGCAGCUCUGGAGCCUUCCCUGGUGAGCUACAGCAGCGCCAUCAGCUGCUGUGAGAAGGGCGCCGAUGCGGCCGCAGCCGUUCUUCUCCUCGAGGCGCUCCGUCAGGCGGGACACGAGCCCAACGCGAUCGCUUGCAGCGCCGCUGUAAGUGCUUGUGAGAAGGGCCAGCGGUGGACAUCAGCUCUCGGCAUGCUAAGGCAUCUUGGAGGGAUGGUGAAUGGAGUCAGCUUUUGUUUCUGA